AUGCGUAGAAAAAACUUAUGGAAGAAAGAAUUGAAAUAUUCCUUAAAUUAUUUCAUCUCUCUCUUUUUUUUGGGAUUGGAAAUUGAACUUCAGGCUGAUUUAAAUGUAAUUCAAAUUCUUUCCAUAAUCAUCAUUGUUAUUUCAAUUGCUUUUAGAGUGCUAUAUUCGUUUUAGCAAAUCUCUUGGAAAAUAGAUAUCUCUCCUAUAUUCCUUUGGCUAUUAACUCUUGCAAGAAUUAAUAGUGCUAGUAAUUUAAAUUAAGAAUCGAACUCCUUUCUUUUUUAUACUCUGGGCUUUGUGAAUGGCCAAUACAACAACACACUUAGCAUAUAAAACGAGAAUCCCAUCAUCUACAAAGGCAAGAUCUUUGUGCAAAUCGUACUUUUAGUUACUUGUUUAUCUAUUACGAAUGAUAUUAAACUUGGGAUUAUGUUCAUACUAAUAAUUUUAUGUAUCUUGGUGGGAAUGAAUGAAAUCUUUUAUAAAUAAAUGUUGAAUGAAGUAGAAAUUUAAGCCAAAGAAAAUAAAUCAAACAGACUCUUUAAUGAACUAUCAUUUCAAUAAAUUUAAAAAUCUUCAGCCAGACCUUUAAAUGACGAAUAACUCUUCAUCAAGCAUUCAAGAGCUUGUCCUCUUGAUUCCAUUGCUGAGGAUGACGAGAUACCUGAAUCUAAAUAAAAAUAACAGAAUGCAUCAAACUCUACAAAAUCAUCUCUUUGGGGCAAUUUCGUAUUCUAAUGCGAUGAUUACAUAAUUAAAUUUUCAUUUAACGCUUAUUAAAAUAAUUCUCUACUAUAAAACUCCGUAAGCAAUUAUUCGUUUAGUAAAUUCCUUUAAGAUAAUAAUAUCACAUUUGUAGAUUUCCUAUCAGAAAUGAAGGUUUUCAAUGACAUUCAUUGGACUUAAUUUGAUAUCCAAAGUCCUGAAUUCAAAAAACAACAAAGUCUUUAUGAUUGGCUCCAAUACCAUCUAGAAUAGUAUAAAAUAAUAGAGUAACUUCAAUCCAAGAAAUCCUUGAAACAAUUAGAUGCAGCAGAUCCCCUCCAGUUAAGUAAUCUCUCCAAUCAGAAAUCCUUGUUGAUGGAUCUGAUAAUGGAGAAAUCCAUAAUGGGAUUGUCCUCUAUCCCAUAUUAGUAGAGCUCUUCAGAAGCGAUGAAUCUGAAAAAUAGUAAAAUGAAUCUUUUUGGAAGAAUAAAAACCAAUAAAAGCAUGUAUGAUUUGUAAAUCAAAUUCUACAUCUUUGAGGAGGACUCUGACGGUUUGGCCAUUGUAUUUUUGAUGAGAGACAUAGAUAAACUAGUAUAAUCAAUUAAGUAGAACGUGAAAAAUCUUGAAUUGUUGGAUGUGUCUACAAAAUUUAUAUAAAAUUAAGCUUGCAAGAUAACUGAAAUUCAUAAAUGGAUUCGUGAAAUCAAGAGUCCAUCUAGUUUACUUGAGACUGAUUACUUAAGUCGAUUGGGUACGUCAGCUCGAAGAAGAACUUAUUCAUUGUGCUCAAACAGAAAUAGUGAAGAGGGAUAAUCUGAUAUUUCUGAGAAGGUUUAGCUUAAGAGACAAAGUCAAUUAUAGUUAUUCUUAUCGAAAUUGUAAUUUGAAUUCUUUUAGGUUGAAUAGGAUAACUUCAAUUUUUUUGAGGUGUUUUCAUAGACAGAAAAAAUCUUGUUUGAUAUGAAAAAGAUUGAUAUAUGUUAAAGCAUUCACUUACUUUUUGAUUAAUUUCACCAUAAUCAAACUCUUAUGAAAUAUGGUGUAAAAUUAAUGCUGAUUGAUAAUAAUCUAUAUGACAAAAAUAUCAUCACAGAUGCAAGAAGAUUUAAAUAGUUAUUGAUCAAUUUAAUUAACAAUUCAAUCCAGGCAUACUAAUAUGAAUAGUAUUUACAGUAGCCAAACGAGGUUGAAAUAACUGUGUGGAAUUAUUACGAAGAAAUUCACUUCACAAUCACAGAUUAUGGCUGCGGACUGACUCAAUUUUAACUCAAUCAAAUACGGCUGUAAGAAUGUAAGUUAGGGUUGGCAGCAGCAUAACGGUUAUUGUAUUAAUUGAGUGGUGGGAAAAAGCAGAUAAUGAUCUAGUGUGUGAAUUAAAGAACUAUUGUAUCCUUCCAAUUGCCAAGGAUUUUGAUAGAUGAUAAAAUCUUAUAAAACACUGAGUUUGAUUAUGAAUAUAUUAAGUUUAUUAAUUCUUGA